AUGUGGUGUAACUGGUGUAAUUUACACUGGUGGAAACUGCACCAACAACGAACGAAAGAACCUGAUGUGGAUUCUCAAACGCGGCAUAAGUCCGACAUAUACUGGGGUCCGACUCUAUGGUCCGACUCCGCUGAGUUCUGUUCAUAAAUACGGAAAUAAAUGUUCUGUUCUGUCAAAGAGUUCUGUGGUCAAAGGUGGAAGUUGUCAAGCCAACAAGAACAAGUUACAAAUUAUUUUAAACCGUGCCUUCCAAACAAAUUGCAACUUUAAGGAUAAAGAUUUUUGUAAAAUCAUGGAGCCUUUACAUCCUCACUUAUAUAACAGUAAUUCUUCGAUUGAGAUUAACAGCAAUCCUUUUGUAAUAGGCAGAGGAUUGAACUGUGAUUAUAUUUUACCGAACAAAGUUAUAUCCAGAGAACACUGCAAAUUUGAGAAAAGUGGAAAUCAUUGGUUUCUUCGAGACACUAGCACAAAUGGUACAUAUGUAAAUAAUGACCUUAUUCAUGCAACUAUUAGUGCACCUUUAAAAGAUUCAGAUUCCAUUCAGCUAUCUACAGAUUCCAUUUUCAAAUACACUUUUCAAACAAACCCUGUAGAACCUAGAGAAGAAAUAACAGAUGAACAGCUGUGUAUGAUAGCAGAUACAGUCUUGGCAGAUAUUGAACUAGCCAAUUUGAAUGUACCUGAGGCUAGUUCUGUUCCUGUUAGAAUAAGUAAUGAAUUAAUACCAAUGACAACAACAGGUUCUACUACAAAUGAAACUGUUGUAUCCAUUACUACAACUGCAACUGGUACAAUACCAGCAAAAAGAAUGAGACUUACGAGGUCUACUGCUUCAAAUAAUGUCAUUGACUUGACAGAAGAUAGUUUUUCAAUGCCUUCAACUAGUACCCAUGCUCCUGUGAUAGACUUAAGUGAUAGUUUUCAAAUUAUCCCAACUUCAGAUCUGAAGAUGGUAAUUCAAAAAAUACCUGCUCCCAAAAAAUCGCCAAAAACUGAAAACUUAAAUCUUAAUUGUGCACCUUCGACUAGCUCCAAUACAGAUGAGAAAACAAAUCCAACAAAGAAUGAAAUGGAUACUGAUUCACAAGUCGAUGAAGAACUACUGUGUGCUAUUUGUUCCGAAAUGUUUGUUAAAGCCACAACGUUAAACUGUUCUCACACUUUCUGUAAAUUCUGCAUUGAGAAGUGGAAAGCCAAGCAAUCAGUGUGUCCUAUUUGUCGAGCUAAAAUAACCUCACUGAACCCUACAUUGGUUUUAGAUAAUGUGAUAGAAAAAGUAGUGAAGAGUUUUUCAAAAGAUGAUAAAGAGCAUAGGAAAAAAAUAAUCGAAGAAAGGAAAAAUGAAGAAUCUGGAAAUAACCCUCCCACAAAUACGGUUCCUUCUCAUGAGCCACAUUCUCCUGUAUUCAUUGACUCCGAUGAUGAAGAUGAUGAUGAUAAUAGUAGUAUGACUGAUGAUAAUGAAGAAGACUACUGGAAUGAUGAUUGGGAGGACCAAUUGGAUAUUGACGAUUAUGACGAUUAUUUAUCCUUUGGUUAUUGGCAUUAAUUAUGUUUGCAGCUAAUAAUGAUAAAAGUAUAAUGGAAGCCGACGUCCCUAUUACGGCGGAUAUGGACGCUGUUAUUCAUGCUACAGGACAGGUCAUUGGGCAAACAGCUGUCCCUACAGAUAAAAAUCACUUCACUUCAGAUGCUGUAAUAUUAGAAAUAAUUCUGUUUGUUUAUAAGAAAAAUUUUUAUAUAUUUAUAAAUUACAUUUCUACGUUGGCGA